ACACACCGCCUCUCUUUACGCGUAAAGAAGACGACAACAAUGGCCGCCAUGCUCCGUGCCCCCCUCGGCGUUAACACCGUCCGCGCCGUCGCGCCGAAGGUGGCGCAGAAGCGCUCCGUGCGCUCGUUCGCGGUCGUCAACGGCGACCGCAUCGGCGUCAUGGGCCACUGGCUCCCGGGCACCGAGCCCCCGAGCUACCUCGACGGUACCAUGCCCGCGGACUACGGCUUCGACCCCCUCCGCCUCGGCGCGAACCCGGAGACGCUUCCGUACCUCCAGGAGGCGGAGCUCAUGAACGGCCGCUGGGCGAUGCACGCCACCGCGGGCAUCCUCUUCACGGACGCCGUCGGCCUUCCCAAGUUCUGGGAAGCCGGCGAGGCCGCGCUCGGGGACUGGGACCUCAAGACCCUCGUCGCCAUCCAGGUCGUCGUCAUGGGCUUCCUCGAGGCUGCGCGCAUCCGCGGCUUCAUGGCGACGGGCGAGUCGGGCGUCGUCGGCAACUUCCCGUUCGACCCGACGGGCCAGGACUCGCCCGCGAUGAAGGUGAAGGAGGUGAAGAACGGCCGUCUCGCGAUGAUGUCCUUCCUCGGCAUGGUGUCCCAGUACGCGGUCACCGGCACGUCCCCGCUCGAGGGCCUCAAGGCGCACAUGGCGAACCCCACGGGCGUCAACAUCUUCACCUCCUCCGUCGGCGGCGAGUUCACCGCGUUCGUCUGCGCGCUGUCCCUCAUGCCCGUGUACUUCCUCUUCCAGAAGGAGGUCAGCGACGGCGAGGACGAGGAGUUCCGCCCGAUUCCGUGGUAAGCGGCGGAGCGGAGCGGAGCGGAGGAGAGAGGUGUUUGCGAUGACUUUAGGUAGCGACGUACGUUUUCGUUUUGUGAACGAGGAGAAGAUGAAUCACGCGAAGAAGGGAACCGAGAUGACGCGGUCGGCGUUCACGCGCGGCUGGCUAAUAAUUCAUGACGUGCGCUUCGUCUGCGCGUGUGCGUUUCGUCGAGCGGCGCGCGCGCGAGGGGAACGAACGCGCGCGUCGUGAGGCGUCGUCGACGCGGAGACUUCGGGCGCGAUUCGCCGGCUGAUUCUCGCCGGCUUGCG